CUGUUCAGGUUCCGCCAUUGCCGCUUGGCAGGUCCUGCUCCUGAGAGAGGCCCAGGGAGCUGAGCCAGUGCUGCCCUGUGAACUCCCUGGCCCGCAGGAGCCCUCUGGAGGACACCCGACUCCUCAGGAGCUGGGAAGGGUGUAGCCCUGCAGCCCACUUCAUGCUUCCAAGGCUGGAGAACACACACACACCUUCAGUGUUGGUGUCAUUUGAAGAUGUGGCUGUGGACUUUACCCAGGAAGAAUGGCAGCACAUGGACAACACUCAGCGGACCCUGUACAGGGAUGUGAUGCUUGAGACUUAUAGCAAUCUGCUGUCCUUGGGAUACCAUGUGACAAAGCCUGAUGUGAUCUUGAAAUUGGAGCAAGAUUCAGCACCAUGGACAGUGGACAAAUCUACAAACCGGAGACUUCCAGACCCCUACCGAAAGAAUGAGCUGCUUGGAGUGAAUCAGAAAAGUCAAGAAAUAAUAUUCAGGCAAGUUGUAAUCACAAAAAUUGUCUAA